ACGUUCUUGCUUCCACCACAAGCCGUUCAAGCACCCUGCUCUGAAGCGGAUCUUCCGGGCUGUCACGGUCGCAUAAUCCGGGCCAAUGAAUCCGACCAUAUGCAUCAAAUACCUGCGUUGAGUGAAAACAUCGCAUGUCAUGCUGAGCACGUAACGGAAUUUUCCUUUCGGAUCGCACAGACGCGAUACCAGACAGAUCCGAAUCUCUUUUCUUACGUGAAACAGCCAGCACUCGGACCGUUCUUGCCUGUUCGGUGUGCUUCGCUUUCAGGCGAGAGAAUGCGGCGUGCUGUUAUGAAGACGACAAUUCCUCCAUCGAGGCGGCCGGUAUACACGAGCGCUUUCCGAACUUCGCUCGACACUGUCGCAAUCUUCUCCUGGACAGUUUAGGAUCCGGAUGCUCAUUGCGCCCGUCAACUUGAGACCUGCAUUUCCCAGGCUUCUGUUCUUGUGUCCCGGGAACCUUUCCGUUCCCUCAGUCACUUUUCGAAGACAUUGUGACUGUAGUGCCUUUCACAAAUGAACUUGAUGCCCAC